AUGCCUUCAAAAUUUGCGCUUCUCGCCUUUAUUCUCUCUGUAUGCGUUCAGGCUGUUCCGGCAAACCCGCCUACAAACCAACCUGCCAAUAUAAAUGUCAGCAAAGAAUCCGUGCUCACUCCCGAGUUGAAGGCUGCUAGACAACAUAUAAAAGAGCUGGAAAAAAUGUUUAAAAUAAAGCCCCAAGCGGCACCAUAUUUGGAGACAAAUAAGAAGUGGGAAGCACCUUGUUCUCAAUACUGGCUUCUCUGCCCAGGAGGCGCUGGUUUCUUCUACAGACAAUAUUUACAAAGUAUUGAGAAGGUCGAAGUUCUCUAUACGCCCGUGGAGGAAAACAGAGUAACCAAUACUGGCACGAAAGAAGCUUCCCUGAAAACGUUGAAAUCCAAGUGGCUCACAACAGGCCGUACUACCGGGUGGAGCAUUGAUGCUAAGGUUUCCGCUGCAUUUGGUAUUGGUGGGGGAGACAAGUCGGUGGAACUUGGAGUCUCAUACUCCGACAGUACUACAACGUCACAGACUGAUAUCACUCAAGUGGAGCUGACUAUGACUUGCCCGCCUGGUUAUGUAUGUGCUAUUGUGACAUGGACUUUCUUUGCAAAGGUUAAGGGAAAAUGCUUGUCUAUCCCGCACGUGCAAUGCCCGAACGUGAGAAAUAUGUGUAACUGGAAUGACUCCCAGCAAGAAACCCCGCACGGCGGUUCUCCGCCUUUUUGGACUCUGUGCCAGCAAUUUAAGGGCCAGGCCGAGCAAUGCAAAAAGCCUAAUGUUGUCGACUGCGAGGUGUCGGUGCCAAUAUUCGAACAAUCUGGAAAGGGAUAUUCGACGCUAGUGACGCUUCAGAACAAGAUUCUUUCUUCUUAA